UUGUUGUGUCCACGUUUUAAUUAUCAAUAUCGUGAAUGUUGGCUGUUGCUUGUUCGUUUAUUUCAUUGAAUGAAUAAUAUCGUUAUUAUAGUCUUGUAAUGAUAUUGAAAUUUUCUGUUCUAAGCAUAGAAUAGUGAAUGUUUCUUUCAUGCAUAACCUAGUGCAAAACGUCUCUACGGUCUUUGCUAACUCAAUUCACUCAUACUGGGACACGUUUAUAACUUCGCUGACUUUUGAUUUCAUCUGUACCACUUAUGUCCAACAUAUCAGGAGGCAUAUCAAUAUGACGAAAAUAUUUACCUGCUACCUUCCAAACUGUUCUGCUAUGCUACCUUAUUUGCCAUACGGUAAUUGCAUUGUUAAAAACUCAAAAUUCGUAAUAUCUUUACUUUUCUAACACAUUAGAUCCUGGGUGUUACGACACUGACAGUACCACAGUAAAGCAUAGUACUGAAUUUUCAACAGCAACGUAUACCACUGCAGGUAUAACAAUCAUAGGGAUUAUAAACCAGAAACAAAGGUUGGCAAACGGAAAACGAGCGACUACAAACAAGAUACAAGGGCACAACGAAAACUUAGAAGAUGUUCUGAAGAUCGCAUUACCUAUUACAUUCCUGGUUGUGAUGAUUGCAGUUGUUGUAUUGAUAAUAGCAUGUCUUAAACGGAAGGCAUUUAUCUGCAAUCAAUCGAAACGAAAUUUGAAAAGAAAUCAAAACACAGAUGCCUCUAACAACGACACGGACGAUGCAUUAAUGACAGGUGCGAAUUAGAGACCACAAUCCAAGGACUACAAAUAGCUGUUCUGGACAGAAAAAAUAUGUCACGGGGUCCAAAUGUCAUUUGGACAAUAUAUCAGUCAUCUUUCUCCAUUUCAAUAAUUUCGGAUUCCACACUUCUGCUUUAUAAUCGUUAUACCUUAAUAAUCCGUUACAGUCUCGGAAGACUCAGCUCAUGACACAUGGAACAUUUGAUUUAUUCUCCUCAGUCUAUGACACAAACAUUUUAUCUUUAGAUUUGUCAAAUUCCUUCGACAAUCAUUAUCAUUUCUACGUUCAAGGCGAAUUAUGAAAUUUUCAAGAAAAAAGGGGGUCAUUGUCAUUGCUUUAUACAGGUUUGUUAAACGUUACCCUUUUCGCUUAACCCUGAGUUAUAAUGCAUUCGCAUCAACUCUAUUUGUCUCUUGAUGUUAAAAAAUAAUAGUAGCACGAAUCAUUCAGUGCAUGAUAUAAACAUUUAGCCAUAUUGUCUAGCAAUGUAGAUAUGAGAAUGCUUAAUGCUAGAAGAAUGAAAAUAAUUAAUGACUUUUUGGCACUUAGUAUACAGAAAUUUGAGAGUUCAAAUUAAUAUACAUAUAUUGGGAUCGGAGCAUUGUUAGUUUUUAAGAUUGCACAUUAGUUACAAACCCAUGGACUAAAAUUAAUUAUAGAACUAAAGAAGUGGGGGCUAUGUAUCAAUCUGUAGUUAUUGGCCAAGAUACUAAAUUUUCAUACCAAAUUUCAGGUAACUAAUUAUAAAGGUUUUUAAGAACUGGUGUUUUAUUUGGGAAAAUAUAUCAACCACAUUAAUAAAUUUACAAUAUCUCCAUUAUUUCCAUAUAUCUAAAUAGAAUAAGAAUACUUGUCUAGGGUUUUAAAUGUUUACGAUUGUUGGAUAGAAUUGGAACAGUAUAAUCGUGUUGAACAUUAUUAUACAAUUCUUGGCCACAAAAUGUAGUCCUCUCCCAACCAUUCUCAAAUUUGAAUUGAGAAACCAAUGUAACUGGAUAAGUUUGAGUAUUAAAUGGAUGAUAUUAUUUAUCAAUGAGAUAUGUAUUUGGACCGGUUUCUGCACCGAUAUAUCAUCCUUUGAUAUUGUGUUUAAAAGCUGGGGAACUAACUUAUUUAAAUUUUCCGGAAACAAAGUGUGAUACAAUGUAUGCGACGAUUAAAAGUCAGUACUUUAAUUAGUACAGAUUGAAAACGGAAAUAGCUCAGUCUGGAGCUGAUUUUGUUCAAUAAAUGCAGUGGAAAAGGGUCGUUUAAUGUGGAACAAAUAUCAACCUCAGGAAUUGUCAUUUUUCGAUACAACAUGACAACUUUUCAGCUUGUGAUAAUUCUGAAAUUAUUUUCACAGGAAUUGGGUUCCUCAGAAACCACUACAACACCAAGCAUCUGCAAGGAAGUGUUGAUUGGUUUAAGUAACUGUUGUGCUGAUACGACUUGGGAUGAUCUGAAAAAACAUUGUGUUCUGUGCAAUCCAGGAUUCACAGGACUCAACUGUUCUGAACACUGCCCUAGUGGCGUUUUUGGGAAAGAAUGUGAAUCAGUAUGUCCACAAGAGUGCCAGUAUUGUCACCAUAUUACUGGGGAGUGUCCAACAGACCAAAAUGAGUGUGAUCCAGGAUUCACAAGACUCAACUGUUCUGAACACUGCCCUCGCGGAGUUUUCGGAAGACGAUGUCAAUCAGCAUGUCCACAGAAGUGUCAGGAUUGUCAACAUAUUACUGGGGAAUGUUUAACAGAACAAAAUGGUAAAGUUCUAAACUAUGAUAUUCUGAAUUACAUACACAACAUAUAUAAGACAGAUGAGCAUUGUCUGUAGCGAGUAUGGAAGUUUAGAAAUAAGAUAUAAUCUUAGUGUUAUUGGGAUAUGACAUGAAGUUGGUCACGUGAUCAAAUCCUAUAACGCCCGAAGGUUAUCGUAGAUUUGAUCACGCACCAACUCCAUGUCAUAUCCCAAUAAUACUAAAACAUACAGAAAAAUGAUAUUUCUUUUCUUAUCUCUAUAUUUCUAAUUCAUUUGUGUUCUUACCAAGUUUCCAUAUCAAUAUAUAGCAGAUGACCGAGAAGAUGAUCGUGCAACACAAAAUAUAAUUCGUUAGAUAUUUAUUAAAUAGAUAAUUAGGAAGAAUGUUUAAGAACAUAUAAGAUAUAAACAUUUGAUUUAAAAGGUUAAAAGGGACGAAACAAGUGUAACAUAAAGUAAUUUAGAGCGUCAUUUGAGGACAUGAAGAGUAGAGUAAAUACAUCAAUGAUAUGAUUUGGUUGCGACCAGCGAUGGAGAACCUGUCGCGGUGGCCUACUUGAAGUUGAAAAUGCAAUUGUUGAAUAGAUUUCGACAGAAUUUCAAAGGAUCUGAAAAAAUUGACGGGAGGUAGAUGAACCAAGAUAACGUUAAGCUCUUCAUUGAGGUUUUGGAAGUUUUUGAAAGGAACAACGGCAUCUUCAUCGUUAAGACUCGUGGUUGUAGCCAUUCGGGACAGAUUUAGACAAAGUGCAGUUAAGUUGGGUUCUUUUUUUCCCUCCAGGGUGUGUAGGAGAAAAUAAAAAAACAAACUAACAGAGCAUUUUGUUCAUUUGAAAGAUUUAUGUUGUAGGAUUCUAAUGAAGGCUCGCAGCGUUGCCCUGACA